AAGCCAAACAGUCAGUAGCCGACAGGACGAGCAGCCAGCAGUUGACCGGUCAGCAGCAACAAUCAUUCCACGGGCAAAGAUGUACUAACGUGGCCGCCAUGAGCAACAUUCCGAGGUGGGCAGCCCUGCUGCUGCUCCUGGUUUUGGCCCAUCACCUGGACCCCUCGCUGGCCACGCCCCCAUCCUCGUCGUCAUCUGGAAACGCCUGGCAGCGCGCUCUAUUCGGACGCGAUUCGCGCAACCUGAUGCACCGCAGAGCCCCGUUUGCCGUCGCCGGAGAUCUGGCCCUCAACGAUUACCUUGGCCCGUACUCCGGCGUCGAGCCGGAGCAGCACCAACCGCUUCCGCCGCCACAGCAGAUGCGCCAACAGACCGAAGUUUACGGAAUCGUAGAGCCGCUGAUUGAGGACACGCCCUGCGCCGACCGCGCCUGUUUCAUCAACGAGGAUUGCUGUCCCUCCGGGGUCUGUUCCAGCACAUACGGCGAAGGCAAAUGCGUUUAUAUGUUCGGACAGCGGGACGUGUGCCAGCGGCAUGCGGACUGCCCACCGGGCAGCGCCUGCAUGCUGGUCGCCCAGGAGGGCGUCUGGCGGUGCGAGUCUGAUCCGGAGUCGGGAGGUUCCACCUCGCUCCUGAGGGACAUAUUCGGACUGAGGCAGAGGCAGCCACUAGGCAGCGAGUGCAGCAGCAGCAGCGACUGUCAGGUGAUCAAUGGCAUGUGCUGCCAGCAGCAGCGGUUGCACCACCGUGCAGCCAUUAAACUGAGCUGUGGCUACUUCCGUGAUGCCUUUGACUGCGUCGACAUGGUUGGAUCGGAAAACCACCGCAAUUGAAAAUCUAUGUUUCUAGCUCAGCGAAACGGAUGAGGGAAAAAAGUGAAGCCAAGCUGAAAUUGAUCCAACUAAAUGAAAUACAAAAAAAAAAACAUGAACCGAAUUUUUUCAAUAUUGCAACAUAUCAAAUUGUUAAACAAAUUCAUAUCAAAUUGAUAUUGCUGUAGCUUAGAGCAUUUAAAUUUAUAAUCUGCAUAUGAAUAUUUACUACAACUCAAACGAUCUAAGAUAUCUAAAUGUGUUUUUAGUAGAAACUCCAAAUAUACUGACUGAGGCAUUCAAUGUUAAUAACAGCAAGAAGAGUAUUCCAAUGCAAUUAAAUCGUUUCACGUCUAAAUGUUAAUCGACAACAAUAAAUUAACUAGCAAAGAU